GUUUGUCAUUUCAAACUUACUUUGGCAAUAUGUUCCUGCUCCUGUUAAAGCCGCUAAAGUCUUAAUGAAUUCGAGAGACAGAAAGAGAGAAAACACCUCUGCAUCAAAAUCAGACAUGAAACCUUCCUACAACCAAAGAAACUGGAGGGAUUAUUUCUGUUUUUAGAGCUAAAUACUGACUUAUAAUUUAAGUAUUUCCAUUUUCUACUACUUUCUACUUCUACUCCACUACAUCUCAGAGGGAACUAUUUUAGUUUUUACUGCAAGGAAGUCAAUGAAAAUACAUUUGGCCUGCACCAAUUCUAAGCUCUGCUCUCCACCAGAAUGGCUCCAACCAACACCAACAGAGACUCUCCCGUCUCCAUGCUCUCCACCAAAGACAGACACAAAAUGAGGAAACCAGCUGUGGAGAAGAUGCGCAGAGAUCGCAUCAACAGCUGCAUCGAGCAGCUCAAGGUCCUGCUGGAGAAGGAGUUCCACAAACAGGAUCCCAACGCCAAGCUGGAGAAGGCCGACGUCCUGGAGAUGACGGUGGUGUUCCUGAAGCAGCAGCUGCAGCCUCAGAGCCCGGCCGCUCGCUCGGCUCACGGCGACGGCUACUCCCACUGCUGGAAGGAGACGCUGCACUUCCUGUCCGCCAGCUCCCUGAAGGAAGUGACGCUGCCGCACCUCCGGUACCUCCACAGAGCCGGGCAGGACGCCGGGCCCACGCCGGCCCUCUCCUCCCACAGCCACAUCCGGGCUGCGGGGAAGCAGCUGCCCAGCUCUGACAGAGCCGUGUGGAGGCCGUGGUAGAAGCUGCGCUCACUCUGGACCACACCGAUGGAUGUUCACCAUCAGGGAGCCUGUAUGGGAUAUUUCUAAACUCACUUAAUGCUUUGUUGCUUCAGAGUCUCUGGAGCUGCUGCGUCUUUACAAUGUAAAACUGUUUGACUCCUGUGGAGUCGACUUUAUUAUAUUCUGAUACUGAAUCAAUGUUUGCGUCCUGUAGUGGAGGAGAGUCCUCCGGGUCGGUUUGACUUGUCACCUUUUAUAAAGGAAACUUGAAUAUAUUUUCUUAUGUGGCAUCGAGCCUCAAUUAUAUUUGCCUGCUGAUAUUUGAAUAAAUUCAUUCUAAAUCUUGAAA